AUGGAUGAAUCCCAAUCCACCUCUCGCGCCCCAGGACCGUCCGUAUACGAGCCUAGUCAGCUCAUCGCCGAUGAACCAGAGCCCGAGAGGCGUGGCCCGCCAGACUUCAGCCGCCAGAGCCCCAGAGUGCGAUGGAAUCUUUCAGCAUUAAUUGCAUCCUUCCUGUACGACCAACCUCAAGAGGUUAUUGUCGGUGUCAUUAACGGCACGGAAAUGAUUGUCUGGGAUGAAGAAACCAUUGAGCAUCUCAAGGACAUGAUAGUCCUGUGGGUUAAACACAAAGUCCCUGGUGAUGCAAUCGGCGUCUUUCUCAUCUACGUCCUAUACGACUUCGAUAUUCAUCUCGAUAACAUGCUGACCAAAAUGGUGGACGAAAGCUUUUCAAACUUCGACAUCGCUUGGAAUGUCACAAACGCGCAUUGCGGCGAUUCAAUGUCGAGCCAGCUGAUCAUGUAUGAUGAUGAAUGUAUUAUUGACUCACCUAUGGGCCAUGUAGAGGAAGAGUCGGAGACAGCUUCGCAGGAAGGAUCUUCCGCUAGCGUAGGUGAGCGUCCAUCUCUAUUCGAUGGUGUCAGAAUCCCCUUUUUGGACACUGAUGAGCUGACUGACGAGAAGAUUGUACGGCUCCUGGAGCAGCCAGGAGACACACCCGAGGAGAAGGAUUUCCGUUCGAGAUACCCGAUCCCCAAAAUCGUUCUAAUGACAUCCCGGAGUACCCAAGUGCCCAGUAGUGCCUCCGAAGAUGACCUGAGUCUACCGACGGAGAUUCCUGCUGGGAUGAAGUCUGCCUCGACACAGACUGACUUUGACGAUGAUUUUGAAUACCCUAUUACAUCGUCUGUUAUGUACUCUCCCACAAUUUUCCAGCAGGGAAAGGGAAAGGAGCGAAAGCCGCAGGUGACCCGGCUCCCUCUUAUUGAGGGAUUUAAAGCUGACAUUGUGCAGGCAGAUGACCGUUCCGACGCAUCUCCAUCAAAGAAGCCCUCCAAGCCCAUUUCGGGAUCCUUCUUAUACCGCAAAAUUCGUAGCUGUCUUUCUCCCGCUGGAUUCAGAAGGCAGGCAGGUAAGGAUCAUCUUCGCAAGGAAUACUUGAAAGGGGAGAAAAAGUGA